UGCAGUUUGGGAUUCGUUUGUAAACUAAUGGCUUUACCUGUCCCCUUGUGUGUGUUUGCAGAUGGGUCGUGCAUGGCUGUGGUUGGAGUCCAAUAGAGAGUCUCCCAUUGAGUCUGUGAAGAGCAGUGGCUGCCUGUCUCUCAGCAGCUCCUGGGACUCCAGCCUGGAGCUGGAGGUGGGGAGCUGGAGGAUGACUGAAGAGCCUGCUGUGGAGGAACAAGAGGAAAGCAGUCAAGAAGAAGAGGAUCGCAGGCUGGAAUCCAGGGAACCUCUGGUAUGGGAGGAUGGCAGUGAAGAGCUCCAGGAAGAGGCAGGACAGUGUGAACAAGACAGUCUUCUGCAGUUCCUCUUGGAGGUGACCCACCUCAUGGAACCCCUCUGCAUUAGUGGCACAGACUCUGGACAGAAUCACUGGGCUUUCUGUGGCUCUGGGCAGCAAGAGGAAAGGGAAGUCCUAAGCUUCAAGGAAGAAGUGGCGGGACCACUAGUCCCAAGAGAGGAGGAAAAGCAGCUGCAGCUCCUGAUAGAAGAGGCUGGGGAACUGCACGUCCCAGGAAGGGAGGUGGGGGAGGAGUGGGUACCACAGGUCUCGCGAGAGCUGCAUGUCCUGGGCUGGGAGGCUGGAGAAGCUGAGGAACAGCAGAUUCUAGGAGAGGAGACAGGAAAGCCCCAGGUCCCAGGAGGGAAGGAAGGGGAUUCAAGAGAGCAGAGGGAGCUGCAGUUUCCAGUGGAGAAUGCAGGAGAACUGGAGGAGGAAGAGAAGAACAGGAAGCUGCUUCUGGAUGAGACUUCCUCAGACAUGAGUGCAUUGGAGGAGGCGCUCCCAGGCAGUGUGAAGGCUGGUGUUCUGGAGCAGCCUAAAGACCAUGCUCAGGGCGAGAGCCACUUGUUGGAGGAAGACAACGAUCUCUUCCCACAUUACGACAGCGCUAGCUGCAGCCCUUCUAGAGCGUCCCUGGUGGACUCCAGUCUCAUGAGCCCAGCCUCCUCACAGUUGUGA